CCGCUUGUUACAGUCCCAGUGCCCCUGGCCAGCUUCUCGAAGACCCCAACUACUUUUUCCCAGACUUUCAGCUCUAUUCUGGGAGGCAUGAAGCGUCUGCUUUGACUGUGGAGGCAAAUAGUGUCAUCAGGGAAAAAGUUGUUGAGGAUCCUCUUUGUAAAUUCCACUCCCCGAACUUCCCGAGGCUCUCAGAGGUGGAAAUGAGAGGUUCCGAGGAUGCAGCCGCUGGAACAGUAUUACAGAGGCUGAUCCAGGAACAGCUGCGGUAUGGCACCCCGACCGAGAACAUGAACCUGCUGGCCAUCCAGCACCAGGCCACCGGGAGCGCAGGACCAGCCCACCCGACAAACAGCUUUUCUUCCACAGAAAACCUCACCCAAGAAGACCCACAAAUGGUCUACCAGUCGGCACGCCAGGAACCGCAGGGUCAGGAACACCAGGUGGACAAUACGGUGAUGGAGAAACAGGUCCGGUCCACACAGCCUCAGCAGAACAAUGAGGAGCUGCCCACCUAUGAGGAGGCCAAAGCCCAGUCGCAGUUCUUCAGGGGGCAGCAGCAGCAACAGCAGCAAGGGGCUGUGGGUCACGGCUACUACAUGGCGGGGGGCACCAGUCAGAAGUCCCGGACUGAGGGGCGGCCCACGGUGAACCGUGCGAACAGUGGACAGGCACAUAAGGAUGAGGCCCUGAAAGAACUCAAGCAGGGCCAUGUCCGCUCUCUGAGUGAGCGAAUCAUGCAGCUGUCCUUAGAGAGGAACGGGGCUAAGCAGCACCUCCCUGGCUCAGGGAAUGGAAAGGGGUUUAAGACAGGAGGGGGACCCUCUCCAGCCCCAUCUGUGGGUAAGGUGUUGGACCCUCGUGGCCCUCCACCUGAGUACCCCUUCAAAACCAAGCAGAUGAUAUCCCCGGUCAACAAGACCCAGGAACAUGGACUUUUCUACAGUGACCAGCACCCUGGGAUGCUCCAUGAGAUUGUCAAGCCCUACCCUCCUCCUCAGCCUGCGAGAACAGAAGUGGCUGUCCUGAGGUACCAGCCACCCCCGGAGUACGGGGUGACAAGCCGCCCAUGCCAGCUUCCUUUCCCAGCGACAGUGCACCAGCACAGCCCAAUGUCCUCGCAGACCUCUUCCAUCAGUGGGCCGCUGCACUCCGUCUCCUUACCACUUCCCCUUCCGAUGACUCUGGCAGCCCCACAGCCACCGCCUGCUGCAUCCCCCAGCCAGCAGCUUGGCCCCGAUGCGUUUGCGAUUGUGGAGCGAGCCCAGCAGAUGGUGGAGAUCCUAACAGAGGAGAAUCGGGUGCUUCACCAGGAGCUGCAGGGUUACUAUGACAAUGCCGACAAGCUUCACAAGUUUGAAAAAGAACUUCAGAGAAUUUCAGAAGCCUAUGAGAGUCUGGUCAAAUCUACCACGAAGCGAGAGUCCCUGGACAAGGCAAUGAGAAACAAACUGGAAGGCGAGAUUCGGAGACUUCAUGACUUCAACAGAGACCUCCGAGAUCGACUGGAGACCGCCAACAGGCAGCUGUCCAGCCGGGAGUAUGAUGGGCAUGAAGACAAAGCCGCCGAGGGGCUGUAUGCUUCCCAGAAUAAAGAAUUCAUGAAGGAAAAGGAGAAGCUGGAGAUGGAGUUGGCGGUAGUGCGGACUGCGAGCGAGGACCAGCGGAGGCACAUCGAGAUCCUGGAUCAGGCUCUGGGCAAUGCUCAGGCAAAGGUCAUCAAGCUGGAAGAAGAGUUACGAGAGAAGCAAGUGUAUGUGGAGAAAGUGGAGAAGUUGCAGCAGGCCCUGACCCAGCUGCAGUCUGCAUGUGAGAAGCGGGAGCAGAUGGAGCGGAGACUGCGGACAUGGCUGGAGAGAGAGCUGGAUGCACUGAGAACCCAGCAGAAACACGGGAAUGGGCAGCCAGCCAGCAUGCCAGAAUACAAUGCCCCAGCCCUGCUGGAGCUGGUGAGGGAGAAGGAGGAGCGGAUCCUGGCCCUGGAAGCCGACAUGACCAAGUGGGAGCAGAAGUACCUGGAGGAGAGCACCAUCCGCCACUUUGCCAUGAACGCAGCGGCCACGGCUGCAGCUGAAAGGGACACGACCAUCAUCAACCACUCGCGGAACGGCAGCUACGGCGAGAGCUCACUGGAGGCCCGAAUCUGGCAGGAGGAAGAGGAGGUGGUGCAGGUGAACCGGAGAUGUCAGGACAUGGAGUACACCAUUAAAAAUCUCCAUGCAAAAAUCAUAGAGAAGGAUGCCAUGAUUAAGGUCCUUCAGCAGCGCUCUCGUAAGGACGCUGGGAAGACAGAUUCCUCGAGCCUGCGGCCCGCGCGCUCAGUGCCGUCCAUCGCCGCGGCCAGCGGCACACACUCCCGCCAAACCUCCCUCACCAGCAGCCAGCUGGCAGAAGAGAAGAAGGAGGAGAAGACCUGGAAGGGAAGCAUAGGACUGCUGCUGGGGAAGGAACCCCAUGACCAUUCCUUGGCCCCCGCUCUGCCGACCCCCCCUGCUGCGGCACUCUCUCCUCCAGCGUCCACCACGUCAGCCAGCAGUGCCCACGCCAAGACGGGCAGCAGGGACAGCAGCACACAGACGGACAAGGGUGCUGAGCUCUUCUGGCCCAGCGUGUCCUCCCUGCCCACACGCAGCAGGCUGGGCAUGACUCCCUCCAACAGCCCCAUCCUCAAACACCCAGCGGCCAGGGGGCCCGGGGAGAAGCUGGAAAACUCUCCUGGCCACGGGAGGACCCCCGACCACAAAGGCCGGGUCAGCAGCUUGCUCCACAAGCCCGAGUUCCCGGAUGGAGAGAUGAUGGAAGUCCUCAUCUAACUCUUCCCACCAGGCUGGAUUGCAUACUAAACAUUGACAAACAAGGAAAGUGACAGAGAGGGACAAGGAAGGGCCUGAAGGUUGUGGGUGGGGAAUUCAGAACGAUUUGAACAGAUGAAGCUUUUAGAUUAGUAGGUCACCUCUUAUAAAUCUUAAAUAAAAGAGCAGAAGCAGGAGACCUACAUGACUGAAGGGAGAAGAACAUGCUAUGGAUUUUUUUUCUUUUUUUCUUGGCAAGUGGUGGAAGAAAAAAGAUGCUGUCACUUUGGAAACAAAGUUAAGAAGAAACAGGAAAUGGAAUUUUUCAUUGUACAGAAAAUGUCUCUUUGGGGAGGCUCUGUGUACACCCAUUCUCUGGUUAUACCAGAUAAACC